UGUCCUGCUCUUCCGUCUGCAGGUGACCUGGUUCUGGCGUUCUGCCUGUCGGUUCUGGUGGGCCUCCUGCUGGGCGCUCUGGUCUAUGUCCUGCUGACGUGGGCGUCGCGGCGCCGAGCCACGGCCAAGAUCACCCGCCGGCGCCGCGCCCCGCCGUCCGCCGGGCCGGGCCUCUACCGGAGCACCUUCCUGAGCGUCUACCGGCAGCCAUCCCUGGAGCCGGUGGGCCCGCUGGGGUCCAAACCCGGCUCCGAGACCUCCACCUUCCGGCCUCUGCCCAGGAAGAGCCAGCCGAGCCUGGACCUGGGCGGAGACACACGGAUGGCGGCGCCGGAGGACGCCGUGCCGGAGGACGCCGUGCCGGAGGACGCCGCUGUCUCCGACUCGUCCGACUCCACAUCCCUGGUGCCAAACAAGAGACACUCUUUCUGGCUGGGGGGUCACGGCCUGAAAGGGUUCCUGCCGUCACAGACCCCCCCUCCGGCCUACGACAGCGUCAUCCACGCCUUUCAGGAGACCCGCACCUGAAGCUGGGCCACAUGGGACCACCUGGGACCACCUUGGACCACCUGGGACCACCUGGGACUUUGUGGUCUCAUGUACGCCUGCAGACGACAGCCUCUCUGGACCGAACUGGGUUCUUCUCUUCCAGACCCCGGGUCCUCAGCCGGGUCCUCAGCCGGGUCCCCGGACGCCUCCAGACCUCUUCCUGACAUGUUCUGGUUCUUCUCUCCAGCCUCGUGCCGACCGGAGAACGUUGUCCCUGCCAGAACCGGAGGAGGACCCGGAGACCGGAGGAACCGUCCUGAGUUUAACCUUUCAUCUGUGGAAAAACUGGAGCAUCUCAUUCAGAAAACACACACACACACACACAUGUUUGUACAGCUAUAUGUUGUGAGGACAUUCAUUGACAUAAUGUAUUUCCUAGCCCCUAACCCUA